GAGACGGAGAAGCUGUCGCAUAUGGUUAUGAGCUUUAGGGUAUCGGAAUUACAAGUUCUCUUGGGCUUUGCUGGGAGGAACAAAAGUGGAAGGAAGCACGAACUUCUCGCAAAGGCCUUACAGCUGCUGAAACCUGGCUGCAGCCCGGCCGUCCAGAUGAAAAUUAAAGAACUGUACCGGCGGAGGUUCCCGAGAAAGAUCUUAACCCCUUCGGACUUGUCAAUGCUCCACAUUCAGGCAGGGCAGCUGCCCUCGGCCGCCGCGCUGACGCAGGGCACGGUGUGUCACCUGCCCUAUGACCACAGCUCUGCCGCCGUGCCGGCGGCUCUGCUGCCUCCGGUGCCUGUGCUGGGGCCCAAGCACGAGGCGGACGUUCAGCACUUAUCGCCGCCCAUCCAUCCCGUCCACCCGGACGUCAAGAUGAAGAGGCUGCCCUUCUACGAUGUUUACGAUGAGUUGAUCAAACCCACCACGUUAGCCUCAACGAACAGUCAACGGUUUGAAGAAGCUCACUUCACCUUUGCUCUAACCCCCCAGCAAGUCCAGCAGAUCCUCACCUCCCGAGAUAUCUUACCAGGUGCCAAAUGUGAUUACACUAUACAGGUGCAAUUAAGGUUUUGCUUGUGUGAAACCAGCUGUCCCCAAGAAGAUUACUUCCCUCCUAAUUUAUUUGUCAAGGUCAAUGGAAAACUCUGUCCCCUGCCUGGUUAUCUCCCGCCCACGAAAAACGGCGCAGAGCCGAAACGACCCAGCCGCCCCGUCAAUAUCACUCCGUUGGCACGGCUUUCGGCGACUGUCCCGAACAUGAUCGUGGUGAACUGGUCCUCGGAGUUUGGCAGGAACUACUCUCUGUCGGUGUACCUGGUGAAGCAGCUGACAUCGGUAACGCUGCUACAGAAGCUGAGAGCCAAGGGCAUCCGAAAUCCAGACCAUUCGCGAGCCCUGAUCAAAGAAAAACUAACCGCUGACCCUGACAGCGAGAUAGCCACAACGAGCCUACGCGUUUCCCUGAUGUGUCCACUGGGUAAGAUGAGGCUGAUCGUGCCCUGCCGAGCCAUCACGUGCACCCACCUCCAGUGCUUCGAUGCAGCGCUCUAUCUUCAAAUGAAUGAGAAGAAACCCACGUGGACUUGUCCUGUGUGCGAUAAGAAAGCCCCGUAUGACACCCUGAUCAUCGACGGGUUGUUCAUGGAAAUCCUGAACUCCUGCACGGACUGCGAUGAGAUCCAGUUCAUGGAGGACGGCUCCUGGUGCCCCAUGAAGCCGAAGAAGGAGAACCAGGAGGUGUGCCAGACGUCUGCCUUCAGCGGGAUCGAGGGUACGGGAGCUAUGGGCAAGAACGCUUUGGAGGGCAAGAAAAAAGUGGAAGUUAUUGACCUCACUCUGGACAGCUCGUCGGACGAGGAGGAGCCGCCUGCCAAGAAGCAGUGCCCGGUCUCCAGCACGGCUCUCCCGGCAGCGGCCGGGCCCAAGGGGGCAUUAAGUAUUGAUCACCAGCCGUCUUCUGUGCUUCGAAGCCCGCCCACGGCCACUCUCGGCAGCGACUAUCUCUCCAACCUCCCCCUUCCCGACUACCACCCUUCCUACCAGGUGCCCUCGGAGUUUCAAGGUCUGGAUUUGUUUUCCUUCCUCCAAAGUGAAAACCAGCAUUACAGCCCCUCCGUGAUCACCUCCCUGGAUGAGCAGGAUGCCCUCGGCCACUUCUUCCAGUACAGAGGCGCGUCCGGCCACUUCAUUAACGUGAAUCCCCUGGCCCCCGUGAUGGCAGGCUCUCACAGCGCCGUCAGCCCGGCCGGCGGCCGCAUCAGCAGCAUCGUCUCCACCAGCGCGCUGCGGGAGAGCCACGGGCACAACGGGACCGUAAGCAGUGGCACGGCACUGCCGGGCUGCAGGCCAGACAUCAUCUCCCUGGACUAA